CUCCCCACUCCGGGAUCCAGACCCCGGCGGCUUCUCGCACGCGAGCCACGCCGGGGGACAAGUCGCGGCCACCUGCUCCGGAGCCCGGCGCCGUCCGCCCGCGCGUCGGUCCGUGCGCCCACGGCCCAUGGAGCUGCGGGUCAGCAACGCCAGCUGCGAGAACGGCUCCCUGAUCAACCUCUACUGCUCCUCCCAGCAAGUCCUGUGCCAGAUCGUCGGCGACCUCGUCCCUGAGGCGCCCAGCAAUGCCACCUCGAUCAGCUGGCAGGAGAGGGUCCGGCAGAGCUACGGCUUCUACAUCGGCCUGGGCCUGGCCUUCCUCUCCAGCUUCCUCAUCGGCAGCAGCGUCAUCCUCAAGAAGAAAGGCCUGCAGCGACUUGUGGCUACGGGGGCCACUCGGGCUGUGGACGGAGGCUAUGGCUACCUGAAGGAUGCGAUGUGGUGGGCUGGAUUUCUCACCAUGGCUGCUGGAGAAGUUGCCAACUUCGGGGCCUAUGCAUUUGCACCUGCGACAGUCAUCACACCUCUGGGAGCGCUGAGUGUCCUCAUAAGUGCCAUCCUCUCCUCCUAUUUUCUGGGAGAGACCCUGAACCUGCUGGGCAAGCUGGGGUGUGUGAUUUGUGUGGCCGGCAGCACAGUGAUGGUGAUACACGCCCCCGAGGAAGAGAGGGUCACCACCGUCAUGGAGAUGGCUUCCAAGAUGAAAGACACAGGGUACAUCGUGUUUGCCGUGCUCCUGGUGGUGUCCUGCCUCAUCCUCAUCUUCAUCGUGGCCCCGCGGUACGGGCAACGGAACAUCCUCGUCUACAUCGUCAUCUGCUCUGUGAUCGGGGCCUUCUCCGUGGCCGCCGUCAAGGGGCUGGGCAUCACCAUUAAGAACUUCUUCCAGGGGCUGCCGGUGGUGCGGCACCCGCUCCCCUACAUCCUGUCCCUCAUCCUGGCGCUGUCCCUCAGCACUCAGGUCAACUUCCUCAACAGGGCGCUGGACAUUUUCAACACCUCCCUGGUGUUCCCCAUCUACUACGUGUUCUUCACCACGGUGGUGGUCACCUCUUCCAUCACCCUCUUCAAGGAGUGGAACAGCAUGUCUGCCGUGGACAUAGUGGGCACCCUCUCGGGCUUCGUCACCAUCAUCCUGGGUGUGUUCAUGCUUCAUGCGUUCAGAGACCUGGACAUCAGCUGGGCCAGCUUGCCUCACACGCACAAAAACCCACCCCCGCCCCCCGCCCCGGAGCCCACUGUCAUUAGACUGGAAGACAAGAAUGUCCUUGUGGACAACAUAGAACUUGCCAGCACCCCGUCACCGGAAGAGAAGCCCAAAGUGUUUACAAUCCGUUCUUAAAGCUUGGAACACACGAGCGAGAGGAUGAGCCGAUGGCACAGGCUGAUCGCUCCGUUUAGAAACCACUUGGUUAUUUUCAGCACAGCCGCCUGGUUACCAGUGGGCUCUCUUUUCUUGAGAUGUUCAUUUAUACCUCAUCGCUGUUUCCGGGAGAAGAAUCCCUACCCAGAAAGCAGUGGUGGCAGAACUUUCUGGAAACACAGCCUCAGUAGACCAAAUACUCUAGUUUACAUUGGUGCCAGCAGGGGGCGCUGGGCCUCGCUUCCCGCUCGUUCCCUCGGUGCCAUCUCUGUGUUCUUGGGAAGACGACAGAAUCUGACCUGUUGAAUGUAGUGCGGUCCAAGAUAUCUCCUGAUGAGACAUCGGUCAUCAGGAAAAAUCCUUCGCACCAGUCCUCCUGAGAUGGAAUCGCCUCCAUCCCUUGGCCCGAGAAUGAAACAGAGCCGGCUCCCAGAGGCUCCGGGGGCCAUUUGCCAUGCCUUGCACCCAGAGCUGACACGGACACCACCACCAUAAACUGUCCUGUUGCUUCUGCCACUUCCUCUUCGGAGAUGGAAGCAAGACCUCAGCUGACCUUCUUACUGUGAAAGCCACCUGAUGUCUCAGGGAACAAUUUCAACCAGCCCCUUCCCCAAGCACUCCCUCCCGCCUGGCGGUCGGCAUCGUGAUGUCCACCCAGUCCGUCCCGCCCCGUCCCCUCUCUGCGGACAUCCACGGAGUCAGUCACGGAGAUGCGCAGCCAGUGAUGUUCCGACUCAAAACAAAACAGUAGCAACAAAAGAUGCUGCAAAGCUCUAAGCACUGCUGGCCAAACCAACCCAGUGUUUCAUUUUGCCUUACUGUGGAAAGAGAACGGCAAUUGCACCGCCCUUGAACGUGGCCGGGCUGGCCGAGCUGGGUUUGGCAGAAUGCAUUUGACUUUUCCUCGAGGAGUCAGCCAAACUGUGACGUGGGGAGGGUAGAAGAGGAUGAGGAGCAAAGCCGGGAUGUGGCAGAAAGCAGUCACAGGCUCUCUGGAAACCAGGGACUAACUCGUGUGUUUACGCUGGUGCUCAACAAGGGACUUAGGAGAAAAGGGCUCUGGGGUAGCUCUGGAUGCAGCCCUAAAGGCUUGGCCAGUGAGAUCAACUUUGCAUCUCCAUGGCCAAGUGGGGGUGCAGGUUUGGCAUGGGCACUUUCUGGCUGUUGGCCAGGUUGCCACCGCCCACACUGGGGACAGCAUGCUGUGACAUUCCCAACACCACCUGCUGUGAGGACUGCUGCUGGUCCCCUCACGUUUGGCCAGAGGCGCCCAUGAAACCAGAGCAGCUGGAGAGAGAUAUAAUUCACACUCCUUCUUUGCCCGUCUUCUUCCCAGUGGUGCAAGGAUUUUGAGAAAGGGAAGUUGUGGGCAUUGUAUCUGGAAAGAGGGAAUACUGGGUCCUCGGCCCCCCAGCUGGUGCAGAGCCUCCCCUGUGUGACCCCCUACCUGUGCCCUGUGUUUGCACCCCACGCCCUAACGUUGUAGCCAAGCCCAGGCAAACUCUUGCUGGCCUUGGAGCUCCAAGGCUCGGCCGACCAGCAGACUGGCUCCCUGCACCUCCAGCCUCCAAUCCCCAGAUUUUAAUGAAUGUGGAUUUCUGUCUGGAAAUAAAAUCAAUGCAACACGUUGGAUCUUGGGAAUGGCAUUAAACUGAGAGCAUGGCCCUGCCAGCAUGAUCUGCAGGGUCAAGAAUAAAGACUCAAAGUGGAUUCACUUGAUACUGGUGUCUUGACCUUCCUUGAACAUGGAGCAAUUCAAAUGGGUUCCUCUAGUGCUGAGGAGCCGGUCUCCAGUCUCUGAAAGCGUGUGGCUGCCAACAAAGUCCCUGCAGCAUCCUUUGUAUUUAUACCCUCGAGAGAGUGGGAAAGGUUGUUUUUGGAAUAGAGGCAGCAGAUAGUAACUCAUCCCUUGUAAAUGCCUGGGCCCACUCCAGGCAUGAAGGACAAGAAGUGCCUCCUGUGAAUUCUCUAAUUCCUCACAAAUCCCCAAGGUAGAUAUGUUUUUAUCCUUUUUUUUCUUUUUUGAGAUAGGGUCUUUCUCUGUCACCCAGGCU